CCCCACUUGCUCUGGUCACCCACCAAUCCUCCAAAGCACUCCGACCAGACACCCACAAAAUUCCUAUGGACCCACCAUAGCUACACCCAGGGUUAACAAACUACAAUUAAGAGGUGGCCGUGUUUGACUUGUAACUGAGGUCAAGGUCAACAUGAGCCAUGACUACUCCACUAUCAAAUAACCAAUCGGGAUUCCACUGCAAGUCCUUUCGAUACAUUUUGACCUUUGUUUAUUGCUUGUAUGCCAAGUUUAAGACCAAUUUGGACAGUUCUUUAUACAGUUAUUUGGUAAAGCCAGAAGGCCUAAUUAUGUGAGGAAAAAAGACCUACUGGUAUAGAAGAAUGAACUGCGAAAAUAAUGGCCACCAACAACAACAAUGGUGUGAACAGUACUGAAAUUCUGACCGCUGCUGCAGAUGCCAUCAGCAAUCAGACAUUGAACCAGAAAAGAAGAUGGAGAGGUUUCUGGAGUGGUUUCUGGUGUUUUGGGUCACAGAAGCAAGCAAAACAAAUUAAUCCAGAACGACCUGUACCAGGAAACGGAGUUCAACCAGUGGAUGGUGACAAUCCACCUGCAACAUCAACUCUGUUAAUAUUGGCACCUCCCUCAUCACCAGCUUCAUUUUUAAACUCAAGCAAUCCAUCUGCUGCACAGUCUCCUGCUGCCUUCUUCUCUCUUUCUGCUAUGUCAGCAAGUGUAUACUCACCUGGUGGACCAACAUCAAACAUGUUUGUCACAGGGCCAUAUGCACAUGAAACCCAAUUGGUGUCACCUCCUGCUUUCUCAACACUUAACACAGAACCAUCUACUGCUCCCUAUACUCCACCACCUGAGUCCGUUCAUCUUACCACUCCUUCUUCACCUGAAGUGCCCUUUGCACAGCUGUUUGCAUCCCCGUUAGAUGCAAAAGGUGCUUCUAAAAAGAAUGGGUUAAUCCUGCCUUCUCCUCUUACAUCACCACGGUAUAUUCAAACAAAAGAUCUUCAGGCUGCGUACCAGCUAUAUCCAGGGAGUCCUCUCAGUCAUCUAAUAUCACCAAAAUCGGCAGUUUCUGGAUCAGGUGCUUCUUCUCCAUUCCCUGACUCAGAAUUUCCUCCAAGGUGGAGUACACAUUCUGGUCAAGAUGCCUCCUUUCCAAAGUACGAGCCAUCAAAGAUUUUUAAUCUUGAUAAGGUACCGCCAAGAGCUUUUAUAUUGUCUCAUGAUUCAGAGGUUUCCUGCCUUGCUAUGUCAGAGACAUUCCGUGUAGAUAAGGUAAAGGGGAUAUACCAUUCUAAUAUCCACUGUGGAAGUGAACAAUAUAAUUCUACUUUAUUAUCAGAUAUGUGCUCUUCUAGUGGGGAAGAUGUGCACCAAAAGAGAGUAACAGGAACAGAUACAUGUGGUACAAGUACAGUGAAUGAAUCUGGAAUAGAGUGUUCAAGUAAAUCUGAAGUUGAUCAGCUCGAAGCAAACAGGGCAUCAUUUGGACUUAGUCCCAAUGAAGUUGUGAGUACUUGUGAUUCCCAUUCACUAGUUUCAGGUGAUAUAUUUUUUGGGUCCCAAUUAGGGGCACAAAAAUUGUACUCAGGAAAUAUAGCUACAUCUGAGAAGUAUAGCAGGAAGGAAGAGAUGCAGAUGACACAGUUAGGGUUGUCAGAUGGUAGAGCUAAUAACUCUACCAUUUGCUUCAGCCAGUUUAUAGAGGUCCAAGCUAGAAAAGACUCCGGGGAUGGCCUUCUAGGCUCUGUUUUAUUAGAAAGGUCUGCAACUCCAACUAGCGAUGACUACUCCUUUGAUAUCACAGGUGGUGAUAAACAGGUCACUGGACCAGGGAUAUCAGAUAGUUCAGAACAUGCUGAACAUGAGCAUGUGUGUCAUGAUGCUGACAAGUUACAGUAUCCCUUGACAGCUAACCAAACACAUUUACACAAUUCAGGUACCAAAGACAAGUCACCCUUAAAUCAUUCAAAAUAUUGUUCUCAAACUGAUGAGAUAUUUCCAAGUACUGGUGAUUUCAAAUUUGAUAAGGUGGAAGGAAAUGGUGACAUUAGCAUAAAAGGAGAUUUGUGGGUAGAACAUGGAGGGAAAAGAUCUGCAGAAAAUGGAAUGAAAAAUUGGAGAUUUUUUCCUAUCAUGUCACCAGGAGUUGGUUGAUAACCUGCCAACCAAACUUAUAGUAUACUGUUGUAAUUAUAUGAGGAAAUUGAUUGUUUUGGAUGCUGUUUUAGAAGUGUUUAGAAUUAUACGGAUAUCAUUCAGGUUUAAAGUUUAAUCAAAGUCCUGUACCAUGAACCUUAAUUCUAAAUUAUGUUAAAUUUUUGCUCUUCUGGAUCGUUUUUUUGAAAGUUAGACUGCUUAUUGUCUACAAUGUAUAUCCUUAAUCCCUUUGAAUAGCUGGAGAUUUCAGCAAUUAAUUUAUCAAUUAUGAAAUAUUUAUAUUACUCUUAAAA